AUGGUGUCAGCAGAUCCAGCAACUGAGGAGUUUAAGAGAGAAAUCCCGAUGCUUGAUCUCACAGAGAACCUAGUGAAGAAAAAGAAAAAUAAAGGUAAGAAGAAAGAAAAAGGUAAGAGAGAGAGGCCCGACAAUGAUAAAGAAAGAAAAGCAGAGAAGAGGGAAAGAAAGAAGUCUGAAAAUGAGAAGAUGAAGAAGGAAAAGAUUGAGUCCUUAGUGGAUAAUGAAAGAUGGGAGGCAGCCAUUGAAGCAAGAGCUAUAGGGGCCUCUACUAGUAGGCCUUCAGAGACUGUAGACCAGCUACACCAGAAUAGAGCAAGGCUCCUGAUGGAGAUAGGGCAGCUAAGGAUGCGGUAG